AUCAUUAUCGAAAGAGGAUCCACACAGUUUCAUACACUGUGGAUGAAGCUUUGAGAUACUCUCUGUGCAAUGGUGGUUCGUGCUGCUUUAAUAUACUCUGAUGGACAUUCCUCAUUCUCAUGACAUAUGAUGAUAUUGACAUAUUCUGUCAAUAUUGAUAUUUGUAUGCAUGAUUUUUUAGGCGUGGUUAAUAAACGGAACUAAAGGUGCCGCCGCCGCGUAUAUUCGUAAGUAAAAGACGGUUGAUGUUGACAGCUGUGGCGUGGACUUUAAAUCAAGACGUGGUACUUUGACACAUGUGAUGUUACGUUACAUCGCCAGUAUGGAGUCGUUUGUAUUUUAUGUAUUAUUGUUUGCUCCGCUGUGUGUCCGUUGUGCGGUGAAACCAGUGUCUGUUGAAGAAGACGUGCGAACUCGGGAAGAGUUGCAAGAAUUUGAUGAGCUGAACUCCAUACUGUCAGAAUUUGAGGUUCUUCCUGCAUCAGGUCUGCAUCUCCAUUCGAUCAAAAAGAGAGAUGUUGAUGCCUCAUCACAUGUGGAGCGGAUGGUUAGCUUCUCAGCACUCAACAGGCACUUCAAGUUGUACUUGACAACCAAUACAGAACUUUUCACAGAGGACUUUAAGGCUGUUAUUGUAGACAAGGAUGGAAAUGAGGUCCAAUAUGAUGUUCAAAUACAGAAUUUCUUUAAAGGACAUGUAGUAGGAGAGGAACACUCACGUGUGCAGGCACACAUCGAUGGAGAUGAGUUUUCAGCCCAUAUUCUCACUGAUGAUGCCGAAUAUAAUGUGGAGCCCUUGUGGCGAUUCACAGAGAGACCCGCUGAUGGGCGUUUGCUGGUGUACCGUUCAGAGGAUAUAAAGAACAUCAGUCGACUGUCAUCGUCUAAAGUGUGUGGAUAUGUGAACGCUGAUGCCCAGGAACUGCUGCCUGAGGAGGCCAAAGCAGCGGGACAGACAGAACAGGAAGAGGAGCCUCAUCAAAGAGAGAGAAGAUCUUCACAUGACCCCAAGAAGAACACCUGCACUCUGUUGUUAGUGGCAGAUUAUCGCUUCUUCCAGCACAUGGGGCGUGGACAGGAGAGCACCACCCUGAACUACCUUAUUGAGCUGAUAGACAGAGUAGAUGAUAUUUACAGAAACACAUCCUGGGAUGAUGAUUUUAAAGGCUACGGUGUGCAAAUUCUUCAGAUUAUCAUAAACCAGAAACCCACAAAUGUUGACCCAGGACAGAUUCACUACAACAUGAAUGGCAGCCCAUUAGGUAGAAAGGAUGGUGUGUGGGAUGUGAAGAAGCUUCUAGAACAAUUCAGUUUUGACAUCGCAGACAACGCCUCUGCUGUUUGCCUCGCUCAUCUCUUUACCUAUCAGGACUUCGAUGAAGGAACUCUGGGUCUUGCGUACGUGGCUCCUUCCAGGCAACAGGGAUUAGGUGGACUCUGCCCCAAGCCCUAUUAUCCAUCACAGUCCGUCAGGAGACCCAGUUACCUGAACACUGGCCUAACAAGUACUAUGAAUUAUGGGAAAACAAUCCUGACCAAGGAAGCAGAUCUGGUAACCACCCACGAGCUCGGCCACAACUUUGGAGCAGAACAUGAUCCAGACAACAUAGCUCACUGUGCACCAAAUGAUGACCGGGGCGGAAAGUAUGUCAUGUACCCUAUUGCAGUCAGCGGAGAUCAUGUCAACAACAAGCACUUCUCCAGCUGUAGCAAGUCCUCGGUCAGUAAGACCUUAAAGUUGAAGGCCCACCAGUGUUUUAAGGAGAGGAGCACCAAGCUGUGUGGAAACUCACGUGUUGAAGAAGAUGAGGACUGCGAUCCUGGACUCCUUCAUCUCAAUGAUGACCCCUGCUGCACAGCUAACUGCAAACUCAAGAAUGGCGCCAAGUGCAGUGACAGAAACAGCCCCUGCUGCGGAAACUGUUCAUAUGAAAGUUCAGAGAAGAACUGUCAAGAGAGCAUCACCGCCAGCUGCAAGGGCAUGUCAAAAUGCACAGGCAACGGCAGCGAAUGCCCAGCCCCUGGAAACCUGCCUGAUGAAACAGAAUGUCUGGACAAGGGCCGAUGUAGGAACGGUGUUUGCAAGCCUUUCUGUGAGGCUGUGCAUAACCUUGAGUCCUGUGCUUGCAAUGAAACUGAGGACUCUUGUAAAGUGUGCUGUAGAAACGGAGAUGGGCUGUGUACUUCCUUUGUCACUGAUGAAGGGAAAUUUCUGUUUUUGCGCAAGGGCAAACCCUGUACUGUUGGCUUUUGUGAUGGGGCCGGUAAAUGCAUGAAACAAGUCCAGGAUGUCAUUGAACGGUUAUGGGACUUCAUAGACAAACUGGAUAUCAACACAUUUGGAAAGUUCUUGGCUGACAAUAUAGUUGGAUCAGUGGUGGUGUUCUCUCUGCUUUUCUGGAUUCCUCUGAGCAUACUGGUGCAUUUCGUGGACAAGAAACUAGAUCAGCAAUAUGAGGAGAGCUCCAAAUCUUUUAUGUACCCAAGUAGCGCGGAGAUUCUAAGCGGUUUGGAGUCAACGCCCCUCCGCAUUGUGAAACCCCAUCUACCGGCUUCAUUUUCAGCGGCAGCGAGACCUCAGCCUUCACCGGCCCCUACAGGUCCCGUCGUCUCACCGUCACAGGAGAUGCUCGCCUCCCAAGGCCGCACCAGCCACUCCGGCGCACACAAAGCGGAUCCGCUGCGAAUGGACACCAUCGAGGAGGACCCGAGCGGAGACUCCUCUCACCAAGACGAGGAGGUGCUGGAGGAAAACUUCCCUCUAAGCGGCACAGCUGCCAGGUCCUUCGAGGACCUCACCGGUCAGGGAACGCCAUCCCGCGGGGACAAGAGACGCCUGAUGAGGCAGACGCGCAUUGACAGUAAGGAAACUGAGUGUUGAGGACUUCUCAUACUGUACGUACCUAUAUGCACCCUGAUAAGUGUGCAUGAUUCAGAAUGACUUGAUAGGUCCAUUUGGUAUAAUAAAUGCACUUAAAUAAGCCUUAAUGCGAUUAGGGUGCAAUCAGGUGUCAUUUGUAGAUGCAUUUGUAAUUUAACGUACAUGUGACAUGUAGACUGCGGACAAAUUUGGGUUGGUUCUUAUAAAUGUUUUGUAGCAUAUCUUUAUUACAGACUUACGUCUGUAUGUUACAUUACAUACAGUGGGACAGCCUAGAUAAACUACUGCAUUUGGUAUGAUAUAAGAAUUAAAGAAAUGACCUGCGUAAAUAUAUGAUAUUGACAUUUAUCCAUUUGGCAGAUAUAGGGAUAUUACCUAUGGUAAGCUGUUUACCACAACAGCAUAUUAAGGCAUUUGUUUGAUUUUACAAACUAAGUUACAAGUCAAAAUUAUUUUCUGGAAAUCAACAGCAUUAACUUGUAUUUAACCUGGAAUAUUAUUUUAAUACUAUAUGUGCCUUUUGCCACCGUUUCAGUAGUGUUUUUGUAUCUACAGACAAUCUCAUAAAUAUUAUGACACUCAUUUAUUUAUACCUCAUUAAAAAUAUAAGAGGCACUGAAUGAGGCUUUUAAAUGAGUUUUCAUAAUACUCAAUGUAAAAUUGGUCUACUGUAUAAGAAAGUUAAGGUUAUGUAUACACUAUCCAUCCUAUACCCAAGUGCAUGAAUUAAAUUUCAAGCAUACAUGGGAACCACUAUUUCACUUAGGGACACUUUAUUUAUCAUUUUGAAAUUGCACAGGGUGCCUAAAAUAUUUUUGCACGAUUUUGUCACGUCAGUUUCACUUAUUUUGACAAAAAGUGUUUCAUAUUCUUGUUACCACUACAGCUAUUGCUUUACUAUAUGUGACCAAAGUCAUAAUAUUUCAGAUGGACUUGUACCCCCUACUGUGAAAUGUCUAUAAAAUGUAUUUAACUUUGAUGUUAAAUUUUCAAAUAGGUUGAGAUUCGUAUUACUGAAAGCCUUCUGAUGUGUCUUUAAAGCAGUCACAGCUAAACUACGUUUUUAAUUUGAGUUGUUUUCAUGUGCCAAAUGUUAAUGGAGCAAUUUUAUAUUUGUUAUGUUUCUUAUAUUCCUGUAAAUCCAAUCAGAUGUAAUGAUUAAUACACUUCACUUGAAUGCUGAAAACUGUAUAUUUUGUCCUUCUGCUAUCAUACAGUGUGUUUUAGUAUUGUAAAAUGUUACAUUUAAAUAAACUGCUUUCACAAUUAAA